AUGGAGAAGAAAAGGCUCACGUUUCAACUUGACACCCCGUACUCAUCGGUCGAUUGGCCACAGGUCACAGCUGAGGAUCAAGACACAAUACUGGAGCUUCUAUGCAGUCUACUGUCGCCUAUCGGCCGCCACCGUACACAACACAAGCAGCCGUCCAGGGGGAAGGGCGACAAGAAGAGAAAGCGUAGGGAAGCAGAGAAGCCAGACGCUGCUCCUGCGCCACCGCCAGCACCGGAGAUCAGCUCGUACGUUGACGUUGGUCUUUCGACCAUCACACGCAACCUACAGAGUUCCAUCGCGGAGGGCGUCGAUGGUGCCAAGACAGAUGCAGAUGCAUCUAAAACGAGCUUGUAUUCGGUGAUCGUUGUGGCUCGCUCCGGCCAACCCAACAUUCUUCACAGUCAUCUGCCUCAGAUCGUGGCCGUGGCAUCAGAGACGCAUCCCUCGACAGAACCCAUCCGACUCGUUGGAAUCUCAAAAGCCUGUCAGGACCGGCUAUGCGAAGCAUUGGGCAUACCUCGCGUCUCGUGCGUUGGGCUACGGGAAGGGGCACCGAACAGCAAGGCGCUUGUGGACUUUGCCCGCCAACGUGCGCCUCCGAUCGAGGUUACGUGGUUGAAGGAAGCUCAGAAGGCAGAGUUCAGGGAGACAAAGAUCAAGACGGUCGAAACUGUCAUAGGUUCUAAGAAACCCAGUCGCAAAUGA